AUGCGCGUCCUGAAUGUCUGCGCACUGCACAAGGGCCCCGUCAAGCCAGAGCAGCCCACUGAAAGGGAUCCAAGAGCGCAUUCAUCCACCAAGAACCGUGCGGAAGAGACUCGGGUCCGCGCGAGGAAGACAUGUCCCAUCACCGCCGACCACUUGUGGGGUUUGCCGGCGACCUAUGCCGGUGGCGGCGAGGGAGGGAGGGUGGAAGAGGGGCCAUGGCGGUUGCGAGUAGGUUUCCCUGAGCCGACGUUGCAACUUACAACACUUGACAAUGACAGUUUGAUUUUUAUCAAUGCAAGUAACCCAAGUGCUCUUAGACUCAAUGAGAUUCUCCGGAUUUAUGGAGAGGCUUCGGGACAAAGUGUUAAUCGUGACAAAAGCUCUGUAUACUUUAGUACUAACACUCCUGAUUCGCUGAGGCAGGUUCUGCAAGCAACUUUAAACAUCCAUGUGCAAGCUUUCAGUGAGAAAUACCUGGGGCUCCCAACUGCUGUGGGUAGAAUUACAAGUGGCACUUUUGAUCAUAUCAGUGAAAGAGCUCGUGGGAAGAUACAAGGCUGGUCGAAAAAAUUAUUGGCGUGUGCAGGUCGGGAAACACUACUCAAAUCUGUUAUUCAAUCAAUUCCUACUUAUCCAAUGAGUACUUUUCUUCUGACCAAGAAAGUUGGUAAGAGUCUUACUUCACCAAUGGCCAGGUAUUUUUUGAGUAGUUCUCUUGACAAGAGAUCUCUGCAUUGGGUGUCCUGGAAGGAGCUAGCUACACCUAAGUGCAAGGGUGGGAUGGGGUUUAGAGACCCGCAUCUUUUUAACCUUGCUAUGUUGGGCAAACAUGGUUGGCGAUUCCUCACCAACCCCAAUUCCCUCUGUGCAAGAGUUUUGAAGGUAUGGAAAUUGAAUGUCAUUCCGAAGGUGAGAGUGUUUUGGUGGAGGGUCCUUCGUGGAAUUCUCCCGGAUGAAACCACUCUUAACUAUCGACAUAUUGCAGAGAUUCGUCGAUGCAAAGUUUGUUUGGCUAUGGAUGAAAAAUUGGAGCAUGCGCUCAUACACUGUUCACAUGCAAAACCCUUCUGGGAGGAAGCGGCUGCAUGGUUCGGCCUAAGAUUGCCCCGGCUUCAUCCAGACUCAUGGGCACGUGAUAUCACAUGUGAUCCCAGAUUCAUAGAUGAUGACCGUGCCAAGAUCACCACGAUAAUGGGCGGUGCGGGAGGGAUGGCUCGAUCCUCUUCGGCGUUCCUGGGAGCUUGGUGCAAGCCAUACUUGGGUAUCUCUGAUCCCUUAAUCAUGGAGGUUUUGUCACUGCGAGACGGAGUUCGGUUUGCUUCUCUCCGAGGCUUCUCUCAUGUGAUAAUGGAAACUGAUUGCUUGGAGAUGGUGAUGCUCUGGACCACUCGCCACAAUUCUCGUUCAGCUGUGGCUCCUUUAUUAUUAGAGAUAGGAGAGCUAUGUAAUAAUUUUACUUUGUUCGAAAUUCAGCAUGUAAUCAGGUCAGCUAACGUUCCAGCGCAUCUCUGUGCAAAGCGUGCUUGCACUUUGAAUGUGACCGAUAGCUGGUUUGACGAGACCCCUAGCUUCUUAGUGACCAGUCUAUUGGCUGAUUGUCCUAAGAAUGCCUUCAUAUGA